AUGGAGACCACCAACGGGACUGAGACCUGGUAUGAGAGCCUGCAUGCAGUGCUGAAGGCUCUAAAUGCCACUCUUCACAGCAACUUGCUCUGCCGGGCAGGGCCUGACAACCUACCUAAGGAGCGGCAGGCCAGCCUACCUGGCCGUGAUGACAACUCCUACAUGUACAUUCUCUUCGUCAUGUUUCUAUUUGCUGUCACCGUGGGCAGCCUCAUCCUGGGAUAUACCCGCUCCCGCAAAGUGGACAAGCGCAGUGACCCCUAUCACGUGUACAUCAAGAACCGUGUGUCUAUGAUCUGACCCUAGGGGGCUGGGAAUGGCAGCAUAUCAAGACACCAGAACUCAGUUAUGGACCACACCAGGCCUCAGUGUCCCCAUCUG